AUGUACAUAGAAAAAUGCUUUAUUAUUUUUGUAGGCGGUGGACGUUUUAAGCGUUUCGCCACUCCAGAGGCAGCUCAGGCUUAUGUCGAACAUGGUGAUGACAGUGUUUCAGAGUCAUUUUUUUCAUAUGAGUCUUCAUCCUCCUUUGUCAAGGAGAAUCCUCGUUGUCUAGUAAAUACAGGGAGUGACAAACCGACAGUUGUUUUCCAAGGGUUUCGAUAUAAUGCGCUACAUAUUGCAGCAAAGUCGGGCAAUCUUUUUGUUGCAAAAUAUAUCUUGAACUUCAUCUCUGAUCUUGAUUGUCUUCUGGAUGUUUACGGGACUUCCAUCGAAGAUGUUAAAGAUCGUUCGAAAGCUCUGCUGGACUCCUACCUAAACACUCCAGAUAAAGGAGCUGGUGAUUUGCCCUUACAUUUUGCUUCAAAGUUCGGCCAUCGAGAAAUUGUUAAAACAUUGCUUAUGUAUGAAGAAACUGAAAAAGAUCGUCUUAAUAAUGAUGGGAAAACUGCUGCAGAUGUUUGCGCCUCCAGAUAUAAUGGUGAAAACAAAACGCAAGUUCGAGCUGGAAUUUUAAGGUUAUUUUCUUCUCUUUAUGUUCCCCUGUAUAGGAUCAGCAAUAUGAGUAAUUUGGUUGUUUCCACGGAACUGAUUUUGUUUUACUUUAAAUGUUAUGUGUUUGCUCCGAGCUCCUCAUCUUUUUCAGGACCCUUUGAUACAAAGGAGGAUGCUCAGGAAUUUUAUAAAGAAUGGCUCACUAAAGAGCGUGAUAAGCGCUUGCGUGACCCUGUGAAAGGUGCGGAGGAAGUUGGAAGGAAUUUGGCUAAAACACGAAAAGUGAAGUGGUUGGAAAAGUGGCCGUUUUCUGAGCAGUUAUUGGAUUUAAAUUGUCUUGCUGGUAUUUUCUACUAUAUUUAA